AAGCCACCACCACCGGUUCAACUACUACAAAUUUUCCUUCAACGGAAGAUUUAGCAAAUACGGUUAAAACCACAGAGAUUUUUACAGAAGAUUCUACCACUGCUGCAGCGUCAUCUACCACAACAGUAAGUUUUGAAGAGGAUAUGACUUCUCCAAGUAUAGAAAGUACCACUGAACAUACCACAAUGGCGUCAACAUCAAACAUGUCAUUUCCCACUACUGCACCUAACAAUACAACUAGUGAAGACUUUACAACUUUAUCUUCCACUGUAAGAAGUACAACUGGUCAGUCUACCAUUAUUUUAUCUACAACCUCAGGUAGCAUUCCAACAGACACUUCAACUCAAAGUGAAUCAACGACCAAAGAGUUGGACGAUGCAACGGAGUCUCCAGUGCAGAGGGCGGUUCAACAAAUAGACGAUUUCAUUAAAGAGAAUUACAAAUAUUUUAUCAUUGGAUUUGUUUUUGUUGGUAUUUGUUCCGUAUUACUGGGAAUUCUGAUUUAUAGAAAAUGUGUUAAAUCAAAGAAACCUGAGAACUUAGAGCACUGGCAUCCCCAGAGAGGCCGAGACUUGACCACGGCAAACCAUCUUUCGAAUCAAACUCGCCAUAAGAAUCCUUUAUCUGCUUAUUCUGUUGAACAAAAAACUUCCUCAGAUGGCUUUAAAUUUUAUAAGUAUGUUGAAAGUUCCAAAAUAUAAUAUGAUUUAUUUAUAUUUGUAUUGUUCACUUGAUUCUGCGUGUUUUGAUAUAUUUCUCAAGACAAUUUCAGUGGAAAAUUGAGGGGUACAAUCAUAAACUCGUUAUGUCUAAGAAACUUGAAAGUUGUUUCAUUAUAUAUACACACAUGUAAUGUCAUUAUUAUGUCUUAAUUCAAUUACAUGAUUAACUUUUUUGAACACAUAUUUGGGCGAAGAAGCGCACGCCGA